UUUCAGACAUGUCAUUUAAAUUUUGUACGUGAAAAAAUCCACUGCGACAGAAAUAGGUUAUUUUUACCAUUUUGUACAUUUUGUUUAAUAUUUUUCAUUUUAAAUGUAUUUCAAAUAAUUACAAUUAAAAUCAUCUAAAACCUCAGUUUUGAAAAGAUCAGUUUAAUUUCUUCUUAUUAUGGUGAUUUGAGUGUUUGCCGAAUCGUGGAUAAAAAGGUAAAACUUUCAGAGUGACCAUGUGGACGGUAUGCGUGCCGGGAUGGGGCGCGGCGUUAGCAGCCGGCGCUCUGCUUCUAUACGGCUCUCUGGACGUGGCGUACUUUGCUCGCAUGAUGUACACAGUCGCCCGUGCUCGGUACUUCCGCAAGAAAGCCUGCAUCUUGGAGACGACGGAAGUCAACUCUUGGUGUCUCCUAAACGACAUAGAUACGUUGCUGUACCACAUGAAUAACGCCCGUUAUUUACGUGAGCUGGACUUUGCGCGUGCUGACUUCUACGAGCGCACGGGGCUGUACGCGAACAUAAAAGCAGCCGGCGGCGCGGUGGUUCAAGCUGCGGCUACCAUACGCUAUCGACGUUACCUCAAGCCUUUCACACGCUUCAAGAUCACAUCUAAAGCAGUAUACUGGGAUGAGAAGACGUUAUUCAUGGAGCACGAGUUCGUGGGUCCCGGGGGCUUCGUGCACGCGGUGGCGGUGUGCCGGCAGCGCGUUAUUGACACCUCGGCUGCGGCCAUCGCUGAACUGCUGCUGCAGCUGCACUGCGCCGGCACCUGCCAGCCAACACCAGCUAAGAUGCCGCCAGAGUUGGAACUAUGGGUGCAAAGCAAUGAAAUUAGUUCCGCGAAACUCCGCGCGCCGAUGCCGCAGUCUAUCCUCCACGCUUCGCAUACCCUCGGCUGCGGCGAAAUGGUCCCGAGUCUCGGCACCGAGUGAGACGGGACACACUGUCCGACCGAGCUGCGGUCCCGCUCGCACGCAUUUAAAGAUUCAUAAGUGCGAGCGAGACAACCGCAGGUAAUUUUGGGCAGUGUCAAUCAUUCGGUUUAAAGUUGUCGACAACAACGGACGUCUGUGAAGCUUGAUGCGAUGUAGCUUGUGAUGUAAAACCACUUUUAGAUAGAUAAUUAUGAAAUGUACUGUUAAAUGAGUGUAUUAUCGAAUUAAUUUCUUGUCAUAUCGAUGGAUCUAUAAUCUUGUAAUAUUCCAAUUAGAAAUAAAUAAAAUUAACCACAACGCUAUGUUAUCGUGUUCUAUGUCAUGUAUCUUUUUAAUUUUAAAUUAGUCUGUAGAGAAAUCACUUUAGUAUAUUUGGUUUCAGCCUUUGUAAUCAUAGAAAAUCGCGCAAGUUGUACCUUAAAAGUAGAUAUAUCUAAGAUUAAUUGUAUUUAAAAUAAAAAGCCAUUUAUAACAUGUUUAUCGCAGACUUAGAAGUAAGAACUCCUUUUUAACCAUUUUAUUAUUAUAUUGAAGAGAAAUCUUUAUGUAAGAGACAAGCUUGUACAAAAAUAUUUUGUCCCUUUCGUUCUAUAGGAUUUAAAUAAAGACACUAAUAUUUUUGUACAUGUGCGUCAGCAGAAGAUAACCGGUAACUAACAUAUUGAUCUCAAUUAUAGGAAAUAUUAAAAAAAAAAACGAACCGUUACGAGGUAGGUCUAUUUAAUGAAAAUUAUUUACAUAUUACUAU